AUGGCGCUGUCCUCUGUCCUUCUGCAAAUGCUGCUGUACUUCUCAGCAUUCUAUUUCCUGUUCUACUUCCUGUCAUCUCUGGGCCUCAUCAUCUACAAGUGCCAAGUGCUGAGUUACCCUGAUGAUAAUCUGGUGUUGGAUCUGGGUUUGCUUUUCCUCCUGGCUGUUCUGGAGGUUCUGCGUGUGUACUGGGGAAUGAGAGGGAACCUGCAGGAGAGUGAGGGCUAUGUUGGGGCGAGUCUCAUAAGCACGGUUGCCACGGUGCUCCUGGCCGUCUAUUUCACCGUGUGGCAGUCGUAUGUGUUGAGAGCUGACCUGAUCAUCAGCUCUAUUCUGCUGUGUGUGUAUGGAGUGACCGGCGUGUUUGGACUGAUCACUCUGGCCAGAUUCACCAGUUUGUGGAUCGUAUCGGUGAGAAACACCUGA